AUGAAAGAAUACUCAAAAUGGUUACAAGAAGUAAAAAGUGAUUCAACACAGGCUCGAUGUAAAGCUUGUUUAAAAACGUUUUCUGUUUAUUAUGAUGGCAAAACUGCUCUAGAUAAACAUAUGGAUCGUCAUGCACAUAAAACUUGUAUGAAAACAUUCGAAAAAGCUACAUUAAUAACAGCACUUCAAGUUCCAGCAAGUGAAUUAGAUAAAAUUUCAGCAGCUGAAAGUGUAUUAGUGUACCAUGGUGUUAAACAUGGUCAUAGUUAUCGUUCACAAGAAUGUACAACUAAUUUAGUAAAAACAUUAUUUCAGUCAUCAUCAGUAGCAAAAUCAUUAUCGUGUGGGAAAACAAAAUCAAGAUCAAUUGCAUGUAAUGUACUUGGACCAUAUUUUGUCAGAAAAAUAAUUGAUGAACUAUUGGAAGCACGUUUUUAUUCAUUAUCAUUUGAUUCUUCCAAUAAAGGAAAUUGUAAAACUUAUCCAUUUGCUGUACAAUUUUUUUCAAAUGUUGGUGUUAAAAGAGCAUGUUUUUGUUUUCAUUUAGGACUCAUAGAAUUCAUUGAAGAUCCAUAUGAAACGGCAACAGAUAUAUUUAAAAAUGUACGUAAAGUAAUCAAUGAUUAUCAAUUAAAACUUGAAAAUUUGACAAGUAUUGGUGCUGACAACACCAACGUGAACUUCGGCGAACAUCAUUCAGUAUUUAAAAUAUUUAAAGAUGAAUUACCACAUCUUAUUAAAGGAAAUUGUUAUGCACAUAUCUUACAUAAUGGAGUAAAACAUGCACAUGAUGUUCUUCCAAUUGAUGUUGAAGGAGUUUUAUGUAAAAUCUAUUCACACUUUUCAAAAUCAGCUAAACGAAUCGAAGAAUUAAAAGAAUAUUAUGAAUUUGUACAAUCUGAAUAUCGUACAUUGUUACAAUAUAUUGAUACAAGAUGGUUAAGUUUAUUACGCUCAAUUACACGUUUACUUGAAAAAUAUGAACCAAUAAAAUUAUAUUUUUUAAAUCAACAAACAACAAUAAAGAAUCAACGUCUUUUUAAAUCUUUUUUUGACACAAAUGAUGGUUUAUGUGUUCUAAAUUUUUUACAAAAUGUAUUAACUGAAGUUCAUCGAGCUGAAUUACAAUUACAACGAACAUAUACAACAGCAGUUGACCUUCAUCGUAUAAUUAGUGGUUUAAUUAAAAAAUUACAACAAAGAUUACGUGACAAAUACUUUGGUAAUAAUACACGUGCAAUAUUAAAACAAUUGGAAGAAAUUGAUGGAAAUAAAGCUGAAGCAUUGAAACAAUCAUUCGAAUCAUUUAUCAAAAUAGUUAUUGAAUACAUUGAAUCGUAUUAUGAUGAUGAAACUAAACAAUUCUAUGAAAAAUUAUCAUUUUUCAAUUGUCAAUCAAUUGAAUUUCUUGCAUGGGAACGCGUUAUAGAUGUUGUUGAUUUAAUUCAAAUAAAUGAUUUGGACAAAGAUGAAUUAUAUAAUGAAUAUUGUGAAAUUAAAUUCUUAUAUGAUAAUUUGAUCAAGACAGGUAUUAAAUUGAGUGAUCAAAUUAAAUUAUAUAUUUCAAGUAAGAAAGAUUAUCUUCCAACAUCGACAAUAAAUGAUAAUCCACAUAAUUUAUUUGAUAAUGAUGAGGACGAAGAAGGUGAUUUAACACAUAAAAAUCAGAAUAAAGAUGAACAUAUACGAUCUGAUCAAUUUUGGUCUUAUUUAUUAAGUAUGAGUCCCAAUUCGACACCGAAUAUGAAAAAAAUUAUUUCUUACAUAUUUUCAAUUCCAUGUGCAAAUGCUUAUGUAGAAACAAUAUUCAGUCAUAUGAAACAUUUGUGGUCUGAUUAUCGUAGUCGUAUGGAUAUUGAAUUAGUCGAUGCUGAAUUAAAAAUCAGAAUGAAUUCUGACUAUCCUUGUGCAUAUGUUUAUAAAUAUCUGUUAUCUCAACCUGAUUUAUUGAAGAAAAUUCGAACCGAUGAAAAAUAUGAACAAAAAAAACGUCGUGAUAUUGAAUGA